CGUGCGUGCGUGUCAACUAGUUGUUAGCUAUGAGCGCUAACCACACAGUUAGCUAGUUCGUUGAAACAUCUUCAUACAGGCAGUUUUUAGUUUAGGUCAUUGCUGCCAUUCAUCAUGCGAAAGCUCGUCUACAGCCGACACGUAUGUGUUUUAAAGCUUCUGUGUCUGAGAGGAUGAUAAAGGGUUUUUCACAGAACAAUGAUAAGUUAGCUAAACACGCAAGUCAAGCUAUCGUUACAGUUUUCGGGCACGCUCGCUCGCGUCCUAAAAGGAAAGCUUUGAGAUUUGUUACAAGGACUGAACGCGGAAGGAGGACCUGAGACAAACUUGACAGUCAGCAGCUGUUAGCUGGGAUCUAAAUGUGGAGAGCAUUUUACUGUAAGCGCCAGUUUAAAACAUAUCAAGCUUCCAGCGUCAUCUUAGCUACUAUCUGGGAAACGGCGUUAACCAACAUCCACCUCAAACAAGCCAACGGUUAAGCUAACUUGGUGAUGUUAAAUAUGCCCAAGCUGUCGUUACCCAGCUAACGUUACCCAUGCUAAAUUGCUGUUACGUGCGGCCUAGCCUUAGCCAACGAGCUAAUAAUGUCUAGGCUGUUAAUAUUUUAGCGAUUGUGUUUUCAUGUUCAGAGAACAGUAAAGGUUAGUGGUUAAAAUGCUCGUGAUCGUGGUGAUCGCCACACAGUCGUGUUCAAUAGCUUCACUCGUUUGCUUAUUGCCUUACUAGUGUCUGUUUAAAAAAAAAACCUUAAUAGGGCAUUAAUUGGGACGUCAGUGGCCUGGACAUAAUCUUACUCUUAAAGACUCGAGCCUUAUAGCCAUUUAAUUCUAACCUAAUCUAAAAGUUGUGAAUAAUAACUAUCAAAACAAAGUUAAUGUUUGAUUCAACUGUAAUGUCCCAUUUACAUUUGCUAAAUGAACACUAGCUGAAAAUAGAGAACUACCCAUUACAUUAUCCUGCCAAGUGAUGUAAUCUCAACUAAUGUUCACAUUGACGUGUAUAUGAUGUGUAAAUUUUCCUGCCCAGUGUUAUGUUUUCCUACUCAAUGGGAUUUUUAAAAAAUAUUAGCUUCCUAGAAGGACACAUUUUGCAAAAGAUGUCCAGCAGUGGGGCAUUGCACAGUAAAAGAAUUUGUGAUUUCUUUAUUGAGUUCUGAAUGCAUUUUCUUUCAUACUUUCAUUGGAUUACCAAUGUGCCAAAACUUAACUCUCAUCAUUACCCAAGAAGAAUUUGGCAACAACAGUGCAACAAAGAAGCACACACUUGGACAAAAAUAUGCAAGGACUCUUGACCUCUACUGAACUACAUAUAUUCAAGCCAAAGAACUAUUUUGCUUGAUGAAACGGACUUGGUUAACCUGCCAUUCCAAAUGGAUGUACCAUCAUAGACCUAGAACACUGCAGCUCGAACUGCCACACAGUUUUAUGAGCUGCAGAGGAAACAUUUUAGCUUUGGGUUGACUCAGCCUGAAGGUGAAGAUGGGUUCCCAAGCUCUUCAGAUUUUGCGUCAGGGUGUGUGGGCUUCACUCACUGGAGGCUGGUAUGUGGACCCCCAUCAGAGCACAUUCUCCAACUGCUUCCACCUGUAUCUUUGGAUAUUUCUUCUGGCCUUCCCUUUUCUGCUGUACAUGGCCCUUCCACCAAGUUUGUUGGUAGCAGGUGUGUACUCUGCUGUGGUGGCAAUAUUUUUCACCGCUAUUAAAGUGGUGAACUACCGACUUCAUUCCAUGUUUGACCUUGGAGAGAUUAUCGAGAAGAAGCAGGCAUCACUCACAGCUGAAGCUCCAAGGACGGAAGAAGGAGAUGAAGGUUCAGGUGCCCAUGAUGGGAAUCAGCACAGGGAUAGUCAUGUUGGUGUAGAGAUGACUGUGUUUCGGAAGGUCAGUUCCACACCCCCCGUACGUUGUAGCUCUCAGCACUCUCUGUUUGGAUUGAACCAGGUGUCGGAGUUCUUGCCCCAGUUGGAGGAUGCAGGGGGUGCUAAGGAUAUCAAGGACCUAGUGCGGGAACAAGGAAGCACUAACGUAAUUGUGACUUCAGCUCAUCGUGAGAUCCUUCGCCAGACUUCCCAGGACACCAUUAGGCCUCCCAGCAUAGUCCAGUCCUGCGUAGGGGCUGCCUUGGGAAGUGAGUUUCCAGGUUUCAUGGCAACUUCUGGAGUAUCAGAUGGAUUUGUCGAAGCUGGAGAAUGUUUGUCCAUUCCCCCUUCACCAUCCAGUCAAGAAGAUGGAGGAGAGAAAGAACAGCUACAAGAAAUGAAGGUGUUGCCUGAACAGCUGUCUCAUCAGAGUCCUGAGGACAGUGGGUUGGUGGACUACUCUCCGCUUGGUCCCACUGCUGAAUCAGGGAGCCUGGGGUAUGCUCCCCUGAGCCCCCUUAUAAAGAGCAGUUUAAGUGAAGAGCUGAGUGAAAAUCUAAUGGGUUUAGGUCUUGACCCUGCUGCAUUUUCACCUGGUACUGGUCACCCAGGUAGCCGUAGUGGAGUGGCUCUAGCGGCUGGAUCUACAGACAGCUGCUUCAGUGCAGGUGGUGCCACCACAGACAGAGAGACCCUAAGCACUGUUAGCAGUUACCGCAGUGAGAAAACUGAGUCCACGCAACUGGAAAGCCCCUCAUUCAGCCAUCCACGGCCUGGAGAUGGACAAGCAUCUGUCACAGUACAAGCAACGAACUCUCAUAUACCUGGACCCACAGAGGAUCCAACAGAAGCAGGUGGUAGUGACACUGACAACCUGUCUGAUAGUGUACUACUGCGCUCCCCUUCCAAAGAAUUUUCCCUCAGCCAGGGAUUAGACAGGACACUUGUUGAAGAAGAGGAUUUGCCCACUCUACCAUCUGAUAUUGCGCAGCCCUCUUUUCUUCACAACUCUUCCACUUCCAGUAGCGGGCAUUCAGAGGUUUGUGAUUUAGACAAAAAGGUCCCACUUCCUCCACUGCCCCCACCACGGCAAGCAACCUCUGUUCCCUCAGGGCUGGCCCUAGGUCUUGUAUGUUCUGAACCUGCUUUGACUAUGUCGUCAACUCACUUUUUAAUAUCUGACCAGCCUCCCCUGCAAGCCCAGCAGGUUGUACGCCCUAAAGACUUGAAGCUACUGCGGGCCAGUGGCAGUAAUGUGGGCCACAGACCAGGCCGAAGGAAAGCUCCUAGGAGGCGAGCUGGAGCUGGAAGUAGCAGUUUUGACUGUGGCUCUUACAGGCGUCGUCACAAUCAGAGACAACAUAGGGAUUAUAUCCCAGUCCGAAAUCGGCUGGGUGCUAAGGCAUACAGUGAAAGUCUAUUUGAGGAUUCCAGUGACGAAGACGAUGGCAGCGACAUGAGUGCUGGCUCUAGUCUGGGCUCUCAGCACCGAUACAGCUCAGACGAUGACGACGACGAUGAUGACGAUUCGAGUUCCUCUACCUCCUGCUAUUCCCCAGACCUUGCUAACAGUGGCAUUACAUCCCCAUUGCCCUCCACUGCUCAACUGCCCACGCCAAGGGAAGGUGAUUUACCUGAAAGUGCCGGUCCUUCGCAUUCUCGUGUUGCUCAACGUUCUGCUAGCACAGCUAGUGCUAAAACCCAUGCACGAGUGCUAAGUAUGGAUGGAGCAGGUGGAAGUCAGAGCAAUACAGCAACCCUGCCUUCAACUCUGCUUACAACGCCCUCCACUUCUACUCCUACACCACGCACCAUAUCUAAAUCAGAUCUGGAAGCUCGGACUGUCCACACUGAAGGAUUUCCUGGAACUCAUCACCAUCGGCUGGAUUCUCUUGGAGGCUCCUGGACUGGCAACCAGAUGGGCUGGAGGGCAGGAGACAUAGUUGAAGAAGGAGCUGUUGGAGGAGCAGCCAUGGCUCCAGAUGAUGGGGGCAAACAUGACACUGUAAGCAGUGUUAAGAGGACACAGGCAAUCCGUAGGAGACAUAAUGCUGGGAGCAACCCUACACCACCCCCCUCCACCAUGGGGUCUCCUCCCAGCCUUCAGGACCUUCAGCGGACACGAGCCUCUUCCCAUUCAAGGACUCGUACACUUCCCUCAGCUUUACAGUUUGCGUCCUCACUCCUACUGCCUCGCAGUGGCAUCCAUGAAGCCUCCACCUUUGACGACACAUCAGAAGGGGCUGUGCAUUACUUCUACGAUGAGAGUGGAGUCAAGCGGUCCUAUACAUUUGGACCUGCUGGAGGUGGUUAUGAGGACCCAGUUCAGGAAAGAGAGAGACAGUCUCAGUCCUCAAGCUUUACCUCCACUGAGGUCCAGGAAGGAGCACCAGUCCUGCCCAUGCUCCAGCCAAGACCUGUGGUUUUACAGGGCAUGCAGGUGCGCAGAGUGCCUCUGGAAAUCCCUGAGUUUGAUCUGGACCAUGAGUCUUUACAAGAAUCCCAUGAAAAUACACUGAUGAUUGAAGAGAAAACAAAGCCCAAACAGUACUAUCGCUUUUGGGUUUUGCCUGGAAAGUGGCUCAGGGUUCGGUAUGAUCGAUUGGCUCUUCUGGCCUUGUUGGACAGAAACCUCCGUGUUGGAGAGAAUGUAUUUGCUGUUGUGCUGGCCAGUCUGGUGGCCUUCCUUGGGUUCUUACUGCUGCUUCAGGGAUUUUUCAGGGACAUCUGGAUCUUCCAGUUUUGUUUGGUCAUCGCUAGCUGCCAGUACUCCUUAUUGAAGAGUGUACAGCCAGAUGCUGCUUCUCCGAUGCAUGGUCAUAACUGGAUCAUUGUAUACAGUCGGCCAGUUUACUUCUGCUUGUGCUGUUUGUUGAUCUGGGUCUUUGACCUGUCUGGGCGCUCUGGAACCCUGCAGCCCGUCUCUCUAUAUGGUGUCACCUUCUUCUCUGCGCACUUCUUGCUCUGUGUCAGGGAUGUCCUCAUUGUGUUUGCCUUGUGUUUCCCAGUCAUUUUCCUCUUUGGGUUGCUACCUCAGGUCAAUACCUUUGUAAUGAGUCUACUGGAGCAGAUUGACAUGCACAUUUUUGGUGGAACUGCCACUACCAGUCCCCUGUCUUCUCUGUUCAGCCUGAUACGCAGCAUUUUGGUUGCUGCUUUGCUAUAUGGAUUUUGCCUCGGUGCUAUCAAUGCGGCGUGGGGAGAUGCUCAUGUGCCAGUACUGUUCUCUGUAUUUUGUGGUUUACUCCUGGCUUUAUCCUACCAUCUCAGUCGCCAAAGCAGCGAUCCAACCAUCCUGUGGUCACUGGUCCGAUCAAAAUUAUUUCCUGAGCUGGAGAAUAGAAUACCAGAAGAACCCUCUAUGGAGAUUAAAGACCCACUUCCUGAAAAGCUGCGCAACUCUGUGAAAGAGAUUCUUCAUUCAGACCUCGUCAUGUGUCCCCUCAUGGCUGUGAUCACCUUUGCCAUCAGUGCCAGCACAGUUUUUAUCGCGCUUCAGCCUCCCCUUAGCUUCAUUUUGUACUUCCUAGCAGGAGUUGUAGGUUUUGUUACACACUAUCUCCUGCCUCAGCUUCGCAAACAGCUGCCAUGGUUUUGCUUAGCACACCCAGUGCUUCGUUCCAGAGAGUACAGCCAGUUUGAAGUUCGAGAUGCUGCUCAGUUGAUGUGGUUUGAGAAGCUGUAUGUGUUGCUUCAGUGUGUCGAGAAAUAUUUCAUCUACCCAGCUGUAGUUCUCAACUCCUUAACAACAGAAGCUCAAGCUGUGGGCCAGAAUCACAAAGAGCUGGAUAUCUAUAGCCGAGCUUUCUUCAUCUCUAUAGCAGGGAUGAAGUUGCUGCGUUCUUCCUUCUGUGCCCCAUCGCAGCAGUACGUCACGCUGUGUUUCACCGCGCUCUUCUUUCAGUUUGACUAUCCACAUUUCUCCGAGACCUUCUUGAUUGACUACUACUUAAUGUCUAUUGUCUUCAGCAAGAUGUGGGACCUGCUAUACAAGUUGCGAUUUGUGUUAACGUACAUUGCUCCCUGGCAGAUCACGUGGGGUUCAGCAUUCCAUGCCUUUGCUCAGCCCUUUGCUGUGCCCCACUCCGCUGUGCUUUUUGUCCAAGCCAUUUUUUCAGCCAUCUUUUCCACCCCUCUUAACCCAGUCCUCGGCAGCGCCGUGUUUGUCACCUCGUACACCAGACCUGUCAAAUUCUGGGAGCGAGACUACAACACCAAAAGGGUCGAUCAUUCCAACACAAGACUCGCCACCCAGUUAGACCGCAACCCAGGUGCUGAUGACAACAAUCUCAACUCUAUUUUCUACGAGCACCUGACACGCUCUCUGCAGCACAGCCUGUGUGGAGACCUGCUGCUCGGCCGCUGGGGCAACUACAGCACAGGCGACUGCUUCAUCCUUGCCUCAGACUACCUAAACGCUCUGGUGCACAUAAUCGAGAUUGGCAAUGGCCUGGUCACCUUCCAGCUAAGAGGUUUAGAGUUCAGAGGUACAUACUGUCAGCAGAGGGAGGUUGAGGCCAUCACUGAGGGAGUGGAGGAGGAUGAGGGUUGCUGCUGCUGUGAACCUGGUCACCUCCCCCACAUGCUGUCAUUCAAUGCUGCCUUUGGUCAGCGCUGGUUAGCAUGGGAGGUGGCUGCAACUAAGUAUGUCCUAGAGGGCUACAGCAUCAGUGACAACAAUGCAGCCUCCAUGUUGCAAGUUUUUGACCUUCGAAAGAUCCUCAUCACAUACUAUGUCAAGAGCAUCAUCUACUAUGUCAGUCGCUCUCCAAAGUUGGAAGAAUGGCUCAACAAUGAAACAAUUCAGGAAGCUCUGCGUCCUUGUCUCGGGUCUAACUAUGUUGAUAGUGACCCCACGUUCAACCUGAACAUCGACGAGGACUAUGACCACAGGGCUUCUGGCAUCACUCCCACAUCUUUCUACAUGGUUUAUCUUGAUUGGAUCCAAUAUUGCAGCAGCAGGCGCCAAACGCCGGUGAGUAGUGAACGAGAUUCUUCUCUGGUUAACCUCUGUUUUGGGCUGUGCAUCCUGGGCAGAAGGGCUCUUGGGACGGCAUCCCACAGUAUGUCUGCGAGCUUGGAGCCAUUCCUCUAUGGCCUGCAUGCCCUCUUUAAGGGAGACUUUCGUAUCACUUCUCCCAGAGAUGAAUGGGUGUUUGCAGAUAUGGACCUGUUGAAUCGAGUUGUGGCCCCAGGAGUGAGGAUGUCCCUAAAAUUACACCAGGAUCACUUUACAUCUCCAGAUGAGUACGAUGAUCCAAUGGUGCUGUAUGACGCCAUCACUGCCAAUGAGGAGAAGAUGUUAAUAUCGCACGAGGGGGACCCCGUCUGGCGCAGCGCCAUCCUUGCAAACAUGCCUUCACUGCUGGCACUGCGCCACAUCAUGGACGAUGGCAGUGAUGAGUACAAGAUCAUCAUGCUCAACAAGAGGUUCCUCAGCUUUCGAGUUAUCAAGGUUAACAGAGAAUGUGUGCGUGGGCUGUGGGCAGGGCAACAGCAGGAGCUGGUCUUCUUGCGUAACCGUAACCCAGAGCGCGGCAGUAUUCAAAAUGCUAAGCAGGCCCUGAGGAAUAUGAUUAACUCUUCAUGUGACCAGCCCAUUGGUUACCCCAUCUACGUGUCUCCCCUCACCACAUCAUACGCUGGAGGCCACAGUCAGCUUCGGUCAGUCUGGGGAGGGCCUGUUAGCCCCCACAAUAUUUAUACAUGGCUGAUCAGUAGCUGGGACAGGUUACAGAAGGGUUGUGGUGCCGGAUGUAACAGUGGAGGAAACAUCGAUGACUCUGACUGUGGGGGCGGUUCCACCUCCGUUAACACCAACCCAGCUGUUCACACAACUCAGAGCACGCCUGCCUCCAACCUCCCCCCUCCUCACAUCACCAGUGUGCAGCCCUCCAUGGGUACAGACAACCCUAUAGGUCCAAUCCCAAACUGGCCUCACCACCCCCAGCCUCUUCCAUUAGCUCUGCUUAGCCAGUCAGAAGGCAGGAUGGAGGCGGGACUGCUCACCUCGCUGCAGCGGACAUCCUCCAUCCAGGGACUCCUGACCCAGCAGCUCUCCAGCUCCCAGCUGUCCUUCAGCAGUUCUGUGGCUCCACCUCCACUGCCUGGACCUGAGCGUUUUAGUCUGCUGGAGAAUCCGGCACACAGGCUGGGCCAGCGGGCCGGCAGCAGCCUGCAUUAUGAGAGCCACUUUGGCAAGUGGAGCUUUUCAGGCAAGAAGGGCUUUAAUGGACCAGCUGCAGUUGAAGGGGAUGCAGGAACAGUUCAGACCACACGGUCACAGCUGGCUCCUCCUGUUGCCCCACCAGACUCCAGUCCAACACAGGAUCCUCUGGGAGCCACUCAGGCGAUCAAUGCAGGAGACCCCCCCACUCCCUGUGACGAAUCCACAGAGCUGCCUUUACUCGAGCACCUGCGUUGAGUCUGCACCCCACCGACUCCCAACCUGAGUGCGAUUCUCUGCCACAAAAGCACAACCCCGUCAUCUCUGGAUCAGACCUGGUUUACGCCAGCCUGCCUCAUUCCGUCCUUCUGGACUCAUUCCAUGAACCCUUGUUUGAAGCCAAAAACUACAAUUUGUCAACCCUGUAAAGGAAAUGCAACCUUUUCUUUCUGUGUUUAAAUGGGCUCUGCGUUGCCACAUACAUUUACGUACCAGUCAAACCUGUCCUCGUUUGACAUGGUCGAGCAUCUGACUGCACGCAGAGCUGGUGUACGUCGCAUCAUAAAAUUUCAGCCAACGCCAUCAGUUCCCAAAUUUGACUGACACCCCCCUCCCCCAGAUGACACUAAGUGUCUUCAUGGACAACCGUGUGGUUGUGAUGACAGGCCACAAAGGCCAGUGCAAUUAUAAGGGAUGUUUUGCUGGAGGAUUAUUUUUCUACUUUAGAGAGUGAAGGCUGACCUUUGACCUUCUCUCACAUGACAUUUGCAGCAGCAAUUUUUUUGCAUAAGCAAUCCAAAAAAAUAAUAAUAAAAUAAAACUAUUGCUGUGUGGAGUUCACUAAAAUUGUGGAAACCAUUUUUUUUUCUAUCCCUGCUGGACCUUGUUUUUGUGUCAGACUGUUUUUGUCUGCACAUAAAUUCUGCCACCUCUUCUUGCACAUUACACACGAACAGUGGAACCCACACAUCAGUCAUGUGAUCCAUUGUGUCCUCCGGCCUGUCACCCACACGGAGGUGCUUCACAUCAGCCAUGGCAUUGUUUCAUUCCGGCCAGCCGACGUGGCGCGUUUACACUGACACGCGGGCCAACGUGAGAUGGAGCUGAUACUCAAAUCAGGGUCAAACGGAGCACUUGUGUUGAUCACGUGACUCCACCAUGGGAGUGUUGUAAACUGAAGUCUUUUUCUUUCUUGGUGAGUGGAUUUUACAUUUUAUUUACUUUUUUUUUUUUACUUGAAGAAUGGCUCAGUGUCUCGUGCACGGCGAGUUGGUUUUUGUUUGGAUCUGUAACUGCUCUGAUCAGAUACACUCAGCUCUGGACUCAGUUUUCUUCCCGUUUCUGAUCUGCUGCUUCUGUACCUUCUGCUAAAAUACGACUACUGCUGUUUGUACCACAGUUACAUCCAGCGUUUUAGCUGGAAAUAAAAUGAAUACUGAAUUGAAAGGUGGAAGGUUUAUUUAAUACAGAUAUCUUUUAACUGGGUUUGUGUACCGGUAACAUGGACAAUGGAAUUAAUCUUCCUUUUGUUAAAUUGUCGUUCCACUUUGUUUUUUAUCAUCUCACCGACAGCUGGCAUUUUUAUUUUGUACAACUGGAAGUUCUUCUGUGAAGUGAGUUUACUCUUGUUUUCACAGAUUGAGUCUCCUUGGUGGGAUUAUUUUUUAAACAUUAAAAAAAACAGAAAAAGUGACUGACUGAACAAAUUAACACGUCUCCUGCUCGCGUCUGUUUUCCUGUUUGAGCGACUGUGCCAUCGUGUGACGCCUUCACUCUUCCAGUGCCAGGUUGUUUGUUUUGUUUAUUUCCCCCCGCCAAAUAUUUUCCUCCACUGUCGGAAAGUUCUCAGGGUGUAAAACAGGAACACUGACAUGCAAAGAAACUUUUUGUCUAAUCGGAGAAAACUGAAGAGGCAGAAUGAAAGUUACAGGAGUCACAGGGUGUCUUUUUUUUUUUUUUUUAAGUCUGUUUCAGCUGUCCAACUCUGGACAAAGUUUUUUUCUGAUCUGUGCUGUUUUGGGCCUUUCUGUCAACACACAUGCACACUUCAGCAGCAGUGAAGAAAGCACAAGACAAAAGGAUGCACCUUUGAGUUAGUUAAAAAGGGAUGAUGCCAUUUCUGAAACUUAUGUACAGCGUGUUUCAUACAUGACUAUAAAGUAUAAAUCUAUUUAAAGGAUUUUGGGUUGCUUUUUUCCACUGAGCCACUAGAGGGCAGAGCUGAGUGGCGAAAUGCUCUUUACACGGAUAUUGCAUUAACACUUUUGCACGUGUAUCACAGAACAGCCCCACUUAACCUUUAAUUUAACUCACACUGGGAGGGUGCUCUUUUAUUUAAAGACUUCAGUGUUAAAUGUACUUUUUAUGUGUAUUCUUCCCCUUUAUUUAAAUUAAAGAUUUUUGCCUUGUUUGCAGA